UGCAAGCACCUCCACACUCCCCACAUGCCACAAACAAAUCAUCAAUCCAACCAAACCAACAUUGAUUAAAAUAGCAAAAAAAAAAAAAAAAAAACACUCCAACAAUGGCGGCGCCGUCUCCUCUACAUCUCCAAAACCGUCCUCUCCAUGUCAAUCUCGUCCUCCUGCUGCUCGCCUUCUCCGCCGUCGCCGUCGUUGUCACUGCCACAGACCAUAUCGUCGGCGCCAAUCGCGGGUGGAACCCCAACAUCAACUACUCCCUCUGGUCCAACAACCAGACCUUCUUCGUCGGCGACCUCAUCUCGUUCAGGUACCAAAAGAACACGUACAACGUGUUUGAGGUGAACAGGACUGGGUACGAGAACUGCACAAUGGACGGGUUGACGGGGAAUUGGAGCUCCGGGAAGGAUUUCAUCCCCCUGGGGGCUGCCAAAACCUACUACUUCAUCUGCGGCAACGGCUUUUGCUUAAACGGCAUGCGCGUUGCCGUCACCGUCCGCCCACUCGCCGCCAACGCCUCCGCCUCCGCCGCCCCCCGCCAUGGCGUAGGAGCAGCAGACAAUUCGGCAGCGGACGGGGUUAGGGUUAGGAUUUGGGAAGUGGUCGCCGCAGCGGCGGCGAUAGUGGUUUUUUAUCUUUCUGGAUAAAAUUUUAAUUUGCUAUUAUGUGAUUUGGCUCAUUUUUUAUUUUGUUAUUAUGUGAUUCAAAAUGUUAUACGUAACUAUCUUAUGAUUUUAUCUCUA